CCCCCUUUUUCGCUGUCACCUCUCUCACUCCCUCUCUCUUCAGCCAGACUGACUCCUCCACCAGUCGAGGAUAGCUCUGCUGACACAAGUCUUCCCCGUCCCAUCUCGUCGAGCCGCUUUCCCGUUACCAUGGAAACCCCGAUCCAGAAGCGAAGCGGGCGCGAGUCCAGCGGGCGCGUGCGGUCGCCGGCGCGCAUCACACGGCUGCAGGAGAAGGAGGACCUCUGCAACCUCAACGACCGGCUGGCGGUCUACAUCGACAAGGUGCGCUCGCUGGAGUCUGAGAACGCCGGGCUGCGGAUGCGCGUCAUGGAGUCGGACAUGGAGGUGACCCACCAGCUGUCCUCGGUGAAGGUCGCCUAUGAGACGGAGCUGGCGGACGCUCGCAAGACCCUGGACCAGGUGGCCCGGGAGCGCGCCCGCAUCGAGCUGGAGCUGGGCAAGAUCAGGGAGGAGCACACGGAGCUCAAAGCCAGGAACGGUAAGAAGGAGUCCGAUCUGGAGGCGGCGCUGCUGCGUCUCAGGGACCUGGAGGCUCUGUUCAACUCUAAGGAAGCCUCGCUGGCCACCGCCCUGGCCGAGAAACGAUCGCUGGAGGCCCUGGUCAAGGACCUCAGUGCCCAGCUGGCCAAGUCGGAGGCCGGGCUGGCCGAUGCCCGAGCUAAGCUCCAGGAGCAGAUGUUGCAGAGGGUGGACGCUGAGAACCGCCUGCAGACGCUGAAGGAGCAACUUGAUUUCCAGAAGAGCAUCUAUGCCGAGGAACUGAAGGAGACUAAGCAUCGCCACCAGUCUCGCCUGGUGGAGCUGGACAGCGGGCGCCAGGUGGAGUUUGAGAGCAUGAUGGCGAGCGCGCUUGCAGACAUGCGGGUCCAACACGAGGAGCAGGUCGCCCUCUACAAGGAGGAGCUUGAGAGGACCUACACCUCCAAGCUGGAGAACGCGUGCGUGUCGGCGGAGAGGAGGAGUCAACUGAUGGGAGUGUCUCAGGAGGAGCUGAGUGAGAGUCGCCUCCGCAUCGACAGCAUGAGCGCCCAGAUGGGCAAGCUGCAGAGCCAGCUCUCCUCGCGGGACGCCCAGCUCCGGGACCUGGAGGAGGAGCUGCGGAGGGAGAGGGAGGUGUGGAGGAGGCGCCUGGAGGAGAAGGAGCAGGGCAUGGCGGAGAUCCGCAGCCGGAUGCAGCAGCAGCUGGACGACUACCAGGAGCUGCUGGACGUGAAGCUGGCCCUGGACAUGGAGAUCAGCGCCUACCGCAAGCUGCUCGAGGGGGAGGAGGAGAGGCUGAGUCUCUCCCCCAGCUCCGCCUGCAGGGUGACGGUCAGCCGGAGCUCCGCCUCCAGCCACAGCCGCUCUAUGCUGUCCGGGGGGCUAGCGGGGGCAGGCGGAGCCGUGUCCGGGGGGGCGGUGUCGAGCGGGGGGGCGGUGUCGAGCGGGGGGGCGGAGACGGGCGGGGCGGUGUCCGGGGGGGCAGCGGCGAUGACGGAAGUGGUGGUCACCAGAACUAAGAUUACCCAGAAUGCCUCGGCCAGCGGGCGCGUCACCGUGGACGAGGUCGACAUGUAUGGCAAAUAUGUCCGCCUCAGCAACAAGUCAGACGAGGACCAGCCCCUUGGUCAUUGGAUGAUCCAGAGGAAGGAGGGGAGCAGCGAAACUAUCAGCUACAAGUUCCCACCCAAGUUCAUCCUGAAGGCUGGAGCCGCCGUCACAGUGUGGUCAUCCGGAGGUGGAGGGGUCCACAGCCCCCCCACAGACCUGGUCUGGAAGACCCAGACGUCCUGGGGCACUGGGGACAUGAUGGAGACCCUGCUGAUCAACACGGGUGGAGAGGAAAUGGCGAUGAGGAAGGUGACCCGCUCCUUGUUCCAGGAGGGUGACGAUGAGGAGGAGGCGGAGGAGGAGGGCGCUCACGAGUACUACCUGCGCAGCAGAACGGUCAUUUGUGACUCGUGCGGCCAGCCGUCCGAACGCGACUCCUGCGGCGGCGGCGGGCUGCCAGAGGGCAUGGUUGGACAAUCAUUUAUCUUUGGUAACAACCAACGCAGCAGACAGGGGGUGCUAAAGGCAGAGUCAUGCUGCGUCAUGUAGAGACCCUCCUCUUCCUCAACCGAAAAAAAUAUGCUGGAGUUUGUACUAAAGUUUCUUUCUUAUAAAGUUUUCUUGUUUGUGAAGUGAAUCUAGGUUUAAAAAACGUAACUUGAACUAAAUUUAAAUAAAAGCUUGAGUAAUAUUUCAUAAAGUUGAGGAUGUACCUCUAAAGGUUUACUAGAGAAUUGUAAAACUUGUAGUUUGACGAUAAGGUAAGCUGUAUACCUAGCAGUAAAAAGCUAGUAACAGUAAAUGUAUUUUUUGAAAAUUAGAUUAUGGUUCUGGAAGGUCUGAUCCAGAAGUUUAUGUUACUCAGGAUCCAAGCUGGAUAUUUUUGUUGAGUUACCAAAGUCUAAAUGUAACAAAAUAACGGUAUCAAUUAAUAAUUGUGGUCCUCGUGGUAACGUGAAAAGCAUCUUUCAUUUAAAUAGUCUACUUCUCUAUACUUGGAAGUAAAAAUAUAUUCUUAUAUUAUACUUGUGUUUUAUACAUUAUCUCUACGGACGCUAACUAGGUUGUUUCCGUCAUGGAGCAUCUAGGGGGAGGAGCUAUAGGUCAAAUGGACAGGACCGGGUCAUGUGACUAGUGUGUUGGGGAGCUUUCAUGAUAGGGUAAAGGUUAAAUAUUAUGGUGAGAUUGUUAAAUGGUUAGAGCUUUGUGGGGGUUAGGGGGAUGCUUUCGGACUUUGAGACUUAUAUACUGUCUGGCAGCUUUAACUGAUUCUACAAGUCAUUCUUCAGUUCUCAUUAUUUUUACACCUUUUGCAUUUGUACUGUACUUUUAUACCAUUAGCUAGAUUGGUUUGAGUAUCCAUGGUCGAGUGAAGGGCCUUUAAAGACUUGUGAAAUGACCAGUCAAUAUAAUACUGUGCUAUAUCCUGUCACUCUAAAAAAAAUGAAACUAUUUUCAAUAUUUUGUCAUUUAAAAAGAGCAUUAAAAUUGUAUUUUUUUCAAAGUAUGCAUUUAUCUUUGGAGCUACAUUGCUUGUGUUUACAUUAAUAUGACCAAGUACAUUGCAGUCUAUCCCUGGCAAGGUUGCUUUUUUGGAAAGAUUUAAUUUGAGAAUGGGUAGAUAAAGAUCUAUUGAUUCAGCUCAGGUUCUUUUUUUGUUUAAAUGGAUUUCACGUUACAGUGAAAAGUCAUACAACUGCAACCAUGGGGUCAUGGGGCUUUUGAUUUUUUAAGAAAAAUGCAAAAUAAAGAAAAUACAGUUGCC